AUGGAGAGACAACCAAAGUGUGGAGAUUCCUGGAUAUACCCUGCGAAGGAUAUAAACCCAUUAGGCCCAAUCCAGUUACAAGACCAAAACCUACUUGUUUCUGACCUUCUCUCACGUGAAACAAAGGAAUGGAACAAGCACUUGAUAGAAGACACCCUACCUCUCCUAGCAAAUCAAUUCAUCUCCAUAAGACCUAGUACCCUCGGAGCCCACGACUCUUUUGUUUGGGCUCAACACCCUUCAGGUAUAUACUCUGCAAAAUCAGGAUAUUACUCCUCUCAACAAGCUAAGAUCCAUUCGACAAGUGAACGUGCUACCGACGAGAGACAACCUCCAUCGCAGGAACAUAACUACCGACACUCUGUGUUUGAGACCUCUCGGAGCCAACUGCUCUUUGAUAAGAGAGCAUCGACGCUGCAGGAAGUGCUCAUCAAGGCUACUAUCGCUUGUAGAGAGUGGGAUGGUGCUCAGAGUAAUUUGAUCAAAUUAGCGCAGGACAAACCCCUCCAUCUCCCACCACCACAACCAUCGUCGGACAUUGUCGUGUGCUAUACAGAUGCAGCAUGGAAUUCGACAUGCAGAGCAGCGGAUGUCGCAUGGAUCUUCACUGAUCGUCACGGUACAUAG